GGCGGCGGCGGCGGCGGCGGCGGCGUUGAAAGAACAAGGCAGAGGAGGAGGAGACCAUCGCCGAGGAUUCCAACGACCAUUCCCCCAUACCGCUUUGAACGCACAGAACCCAUCAGCUGCCUCCCACAUCAAUCUCUUUCUCUCUUUCCUCAUUAUCAUCAUCAUCCUCAUCAUCUCCAUCCCCAUCUCCAUCUUGCGCUCGUAUCCAUCUCAACACGCUCACUACGACUUGUCGUCUUCUCACUUCACCUCUUCUCAUACGGCACCGCAGACGACCCGUCUUCUUCUCGCCCCCCCGCGCACGCCCGCACACUUUCCUUCGCCAACUGGCCACCGCCCCAUAGCCCACCUCUAGCAAUGCUCAUCUCGGCCCUCACGGCCAUCUUGGCCGUCGGCGCCAACCUCGUCAGCGCAGCCACCGCCGACGAAUGGCGCAACCGCGCCAUCUACCAAAUCAUCACUGAUCGCUUCGCGCCCCCUUCCGACAACGCCCCCGCUCGCACCGAGCCCCUCCCGCUCGAGUGCAACACGGCCGAUCAGACUUGGUGCGGAGGCACAUGGUUGUCCAUCAUCGACAAGCUUGACUACAUCAAGAACAUGGGAUUCGACGCUAUUUGGAUCUCUCCCACUAGUCAAAACAUCGAUUACCAGACUCCCUACAACUACGCCUACCAUGGAUACUGGGUCAAUGACCUCACCAAGAUCAACCUGCGCUUCGGGUCCGAGGACGACCUGCACAAACUCGUCGACGAGGUCCACAAGCGCGACAUGUACAUCAUGGUCGACGUCGCUAUCAACGGUAUUCCCUCGCUGAGCAACACCACCAUUCCUCCAGAGGGCUCGAUGUGGACCAAGGCCGAGCAGUUCCACGACUUCUGCCAGAUCGACUGGGCUACUGAGCUCACCAACGAUAAGCAGAUCAAGGAUUGCUCGCUCGGUGACUCCAACCUCUGGCUCAUUGAUGUGAACACGGAGAACCCCGAGGUCGUCGCCACCCUCCGCUCCUGGAUCUCCGAGUACGUCGCGACAUACAAGAUUGACGGCCUGCGUAUCGACGCCGCCAAGCACGUCCCCGGCGAAUUCUGGACUGGCUUCUGUGGCGCCGGUGGCGUCUUCUGUAUCGGUGAGGUGUUUGACGACCGUAUCGACUACACCUCGGCUUUCCAGAAGGAGAAGUGGAUGGACUCGAUCCUUGGCUUCCCCUUCUACAACGGUCUCGUCAAGGCGUUCAGCGUCGAGCCCCGCCGCAACAUGACCGAACUUACCGAGCGCAUCAUUGGUACCCUCGAGCAGUUCCCCGACCCUGGUGUGUUGGGCAACUUUAUCGAGAACCACGACACGCCCCGCUUCAAGAACAUCACCGCGGACCCUCGCCUUGUCUACAAUGCCAUGGUCGGCCAGUUCCUCUUCGACGGCAUCCCUGUCCUCUACUACGGCCAGGAGCAGGACAUGGCAUGGGGUAACGCCGACCCGCACAACCGUGGCGCCCUCUGGGCCCUCGGCUACGAGAAUAUCACCACCGUCCAGACCGUCACCCGCCUCAACAAGAUCCGCCAGGGCUUCAUCAAGGGCAAUGCGACGUACAACGGCCAGACGUACCUUCAGUCGCGCUCGCAGAUUGUCGCCAACACGACCUACGACGUCGCUAUCCGCAAGGGCCCCAUCCUCAUGACCCUCACGAACCGCGGCUCGCCAGAGGAGGCCGCAUCCUUCUCGAUCCAGAACACGGGCUGGCAGCGCGGCGAGGCUCUUAUCGACCUCCUCUCGUGCCUCGACUACGCUGUCGGCUCAGGCGGCUCCCUUUCCAUUUCGUACUCGCGCCAGGGCUACGGCGGCCUUCCCUACGUGUUUGCGACCGUCGAGGACGCCCGCCACCUCGGCAUCUGCAACAACGAUCAGCUGGGUAUUGUCGUCAGCAACACGACUACGGGCAACACCCGCAACGCCGGCGCUGUCGCUGUCGCCCCCUCGUCCCUCUUCGCGCUGGUCGCUGGCGCUGCCGCGCUUGCCGUCCUGACAUUGUGAUCGUUACCCCCCGCAACAACCCCCUAAUAUUCCCCGGGCAAUCUAUAGUUCUAUCCUCCCCUUGUUCUCGCCACCAUUGAGGCAUCGGGCACCAGUCCCGUGUGCUCGGACACUGCACUGUUUUCCCAGCUUUGUGCGGGUCAGGAGCCCUGUUGUACAAAUAGUAUGCAUGAGGUUAGUAGUAU